AUGAGAUCACAUUUCUCUCCUCGUCCUGUUCAUGUUACUCGGGUAAGCACUCAUGCUGUACCUCGUGCAAGAGCUAAUAAUAUUAAGCAACGUCGUCGACAACAUCGCAAAUUAAGACUAGAUGAUUUUAUCUUGAAACGUACAGUAGGUACUGGCUCAUUUGGUCGUGUUCAUUUAGCUCAAAGCAAGGUCAAUGGAAAACACUACGCUAUUAAAGCUUUAGAUAAAUAUGAUGUUGUUCGACUUAAACAAGUUGAGCAUAUCAAUAAUGAACCUACUAUCUUGAGAGAAAUUGCACAUCCCUUUUUAGUUACCUUAUGGGACGCAUUUCAAGAUGAUACACAUUUAUUUAUGGUCAUGGAUUAUGUGCCUGGUGGUGAAUUAUUUAGUAUCCUUAGAAAGCAAAAGAAAUUUCCAGAACAAACAGCUAAAUUUUAUGCUGCAGAAGUCCUUUUAGCUCUUGCUUAUUUACAUGAAAAUGAUAUUGUCUACAGAGAUCUUAAACCCGAAAAUAUUUUGAUUGAUGCUCGUGGUCAUGUCAAAUUAACUGAUUUCGGUUUUGCUAAACGUAUUGAGGAUGUAACUUGGACUGUAUGUGGAACUCCUGAUUAUUUAGCACCAGAAAUUAUACUCUCUAAAGGCUACACAAAGGCUGUUGAUUGGUGGGGUCUAGGUGUCUUAAUUUUUGAAAUGGUUGUUGGACGUGCCCCCUUUGUAGAUAAAAAUCCUGUUAACUUGUAUCAAAAGAUUUUAGAAUGUAGAGUCGAUUGGCCUGAAGAUAUGAGUUCUAAUUUAAAAGAUUUAUUACAAAACUUAUUAACAUCUGACAUUGAAGGCCGUUAUACAAGUAAAGAAAUUAGAGAACAUCCUUGGUUUGCUGAUACAAACUUUGAUCAAGUCUUGAGACGUAAAAUAAAACCACCCUAUAUCCCAAAAGUAAAAGAUGAUGGUGACACUACUUGUUUUGCAAAAUAUAAAGAGCCUACUCAUCUUUAUGGUCGUAUUCGUGGUGACCCAUUUAGGUCAAAAUUCCCUGCUUUUUAA